AUGGACGAAGGGCUAGCAUGGCCCAAAGCUGUGACCCGUUCUCAGCUCAAUUCCUGGGGCCACAUCCUUGGGUUACAAAUGAAUGUGCUGCGCGGAACUGCGGACCCGGCCGGCCGGGGAGCAGCAAGCCCGGCACCCAGCGCGCUGCCGGCUGUUCGGGCCGCCGGAGUUUCGGAAGCGGAUUUUUGCCUUCUCGCUGCCAACAGCCGUUCCGCAGGGCCUGGGCGCACCGCUCGAUCGUGCCCAGCGGCGGGGGCAGAAUCGGGGGAGGCUCCGGCAGCGCGGAGAGCCCCUCACCAACAUCAACGGCCCCGCCCCAGCGUAGGGGCUCCCGUCGGGGCAGCGUCCCCCCACUCGCCCGCCCCCGGGGCCACGCGACCCCCGGGCGGGCCGCCCCCUGCCCGGGCCCAUAUAGCCGCGGGGAGCCGGCGGCCCGCUCGCCCCGACGGCGCCGGGCGAGGAGGGCGGCGCAGCGGCUCCUCGCCUUCCCCUCGGAGCCCGCUCUACCUGCGGCACCCCGACAUGGCUCUGGCCCUGGCCGGCGAGCCGGGCCCCGCGACGGACGCCACGGACGCGCUCGGGCUGAGCCCCGCCGGGCUCGCUGCCUACUACCCGCCCUUCCUGCCCCCGGCGCAGUACUUGGAGGCGCCUCCCGACUUCUUCCAGCCCCUCGGCCGCCUGCUGCCCCCCUCUCCACCGCUGCCCCCCUUCGGUAUCCCCGCGUUCCUCAGCCUCCCGCCGCCCCCCUCGGCCCCGCCGCCCCCCGCCCAGGCUCCGGCGGACACCCCGCAGCGGACGGCCCGGCCCGGGGGUUGCUGCGAGACGGCGGGGCAGAGCCGCAGGUUCCACUUCAGCGAGGAGGAGCUGAACGCGGUGCUGUACGGGGCGCUGCGAAAUCCCCACAUGCCCGGCGGGCUCCACGCCAUCUCGGGGCUCCGCGUGCCCCCCGUCAGCCCGGGUGCCGCUCGCUCCCCCCCGGCUCCGCCGCCCGACGGGGACGCCCUGCAGCUGCCCGAAGGGUUGGCCGUGUUGCGCGUGGCCUACGGGGACGUUUGGCACCUCGGGGUGUUUUGCACCGCCCCCAUCCCCAAAGGAGUCCGAUUCGGCCCGUUCCAAGGCAAAGUGGUCAACACCACCGAGAUCAAGACUUACGACGACAACUCGCUGAUGUGGGAGGUCUUCGAAUACGGACAGCUGAGCCACUUCAUCGACGGGAAGGGCACGGCCGGCAACUGGAUGUCUCUGGUGAACUGCGCCCGCUUCCCCGAGGAACAGAACCUGACGGCGCUGCAGUGCCAGGGGCAGAUCUUUUACGAGAGUUGCCGGGAGAUCGCGCCCAAGGAGGAGCUCCUGGUGUGGUAUGGGGACUGUUACGUACAGUUCCUGGGCAUCCCCAUCUGCCUGAAGGGCAUGCCGGAGGCGGGGCGGCCCCCGCAGCAUCCCGAAGGCGCCGGGGAGAGCUUCAAAUGCGAGCGCUGCGGGAAGGUGUUCGCCUACCGCUACUACCGCGACAAACACCUGAAAUACACGCGCUGCGUGGACCGGGGCGACAGGAAAUUCCCCUGCCACCUCUGCAGCCGCUCCUUCGAGAAGAGGGACCGGCUGCGCAUCCACGUCCUACACGUCCACGAGAAGCACAGGCCCCACAAGUGCUCGGUGUGUGGGAAGAGCUUCUCGCAGUCCUCCAGCCUGAACAAACACAUGCGGGUUCAUUCCGGGGAGCGCCCCUACAAAUGCGUCUACUGCAAUAAGGCAUUUACAGCCUCCAGCAUCCUGCGCACACACAUCCGCCAGCACUCAGGAGAGAAGCCCUUCAAGUGCAAGCACUGCGGCAAAGCCUUCGCCUCACACGCGGCACAUGACAGCCACAUGCGGCGUACGCACAGCAAGGACAAGGGCAGCACCUGUGCGGUGUGUGGCCAGCACUUCCCAGAGCUGGAGGACUACCGCUUCCACAUGAAUGUCCACGCUGCUGCUCAUUAGCCAGGAGUCCUCUCCUGGACCAGCUCUGUGGGUUCUAUCGGUGUAAAUGUGUGUAUGUAGGCUGUGUGCGUGCCACAGGAAGCAUUGACUCUCAUGGUGUGGGUCACAAGAGUGCUGCUUUAUAGCACGCUGACUCAGUGCCAGGGUGAGCUCUGACAUGCACUGACCCUCCCUCCCUAUGUUCCCUCAUUUUCAGGAGUGUCCCUUCCCCAAAAGCCUCUUGUGUGUGAAUAUCACUGUGAUGGAUAUUACCAGACCUCUAAUUCACUGCAGCUGUGGGCUGCCUGGUGCUGUCCAUGCCAAAGCUUGUUUGAGAGGUGCUCUUAGCAAGUAUGUAUACUAAGACACUUUAACCUACUUGUUUUAUUCAGGCACAUGACGAGGUGUGGGUUCUAUCUCCUAGUGUGCAAGUCUUUUAAUGAAUCCCUAUUCCUUAGAGAAUGCUGCUGGAGCAGCAGAAGAGUAUUUAAUUGUGGCUUCAGGGCCAGCUGAGCUGACCAGGAGAGCUCUGGGGCAGUGACACCAACUCUUCCUUGGCCCAGGAGAGGGGGGGGGUGUAUGAAAAUGGUUGCAGGUGUGUGAAAUGGCUCCAGAGCAGUGCUGUGGGUGGUGGUUCUACCUUCUCUGUCUCUACAGAAGACCAAGUUUGAAGCGGUUCCAGAACACCAACAGCUCUCCCAGGUGGGCCAUGGCCACUCUAGCAUUCUGUAGCAGCUUUGCACUGCGCUUGGCACAGGCCAGGGGUAGGCAUGAUUCCACCCCAAGGCUCCUCUGUAUUGAGGCAUAAAGGUUUUUGAUCAACUCUUGUAUCUCACUUAAGAAAAGGGGAAAGCCCUUUUCCUAUCUUUGCUUUAAGAUGAGAGGUGUAUGACAGAUGGAUUGAGAAGUCUCACGACUACAGAUCUCUGCGUGUAAAAUUCCCUCCCCAAGCCAUGGGAAUGCCUUUACUUUGAGGGAGGGCCGGAGAGUUUUUUUCCCUGUUUCUCACUGACAAUGCAGGUAAGUUCAGACUGAUGUGUGGGCUUACUGUUGAUUUCUUUUUAGCAAAAGAAAGCUAUAUAUUACCUCAAAAAAUGCCUUUUGUUUUCUACAGAAAAAGCUACUUAUUUGCUAUGGGUGUUAGAAUUAGUUUGCUGAAAACUGGGUUUGCUUUUUUGUGCUCUAACUUAAGAGCAACCUCAUGCAUCCUGUCUUUCAGUACCUAGAAACCAUCCCAGAUAAAGCUUUCUCAGUAUAUUAUACAAUGGCUAAAAAUACUUUCAGCAUAAAAUUCUGAGUGAUAAUUUUUGCAAAAUACUCCCCAGCUCAGUAACUGUGGCAUUCCCUGGCAAUGUGAAAUCUCAGCUCAUGUGGAGAGCCGUACUGAUGGACUGCUGUGCAUGGGGAGUGCAAAGCCCUCCGUCUGUCAGUGCUGGGCAGAGGCUGAGAUAAUGCAGGAGGCUCUUGUGUUGGUACAGAUGUGUGUGCUAUGUUGCACACAGACAAUAACAGCCCUUGCUGGAGCUGAUUCUUUAAUGCAGAUAGUUUGGUGUUCUUGAGGUGACAAGGUUCUCUUAAUAUCCUAGGUCACCUAGGAUUAACAAGGACUUUUUGAGCAUAAGUACAGAAACUGAAAGUGUAUUUAAAGAGAUAUGAAAGUUGUUAGGCACAGAAUACAAUAUAAAACUAGAAAAAAAAGUUACUUGCACAUUAUAUCUUGCAGAUACUGUAUAACUACAUGUAUUGACUUGCACUAACUUUUAUAUGGUUUAUUGUAUUUUGAAUUGCAUUGUCCUCAUUUUCAUGGUGAAAAUUGAAAAUAAAAAAACUAUAGAACCGCUUGUAAGUAAAGUAUUGAGGCCCAGCACCAGGCGGCAUCUGAAAUAAGCAACCUAUAAAUGAAUGCAGCUGAGGGCACUGAGCCUUAGUUACAGCAGCCUGCCUACAUGCAGGUGUUUUUGCUCGUGCAUCUACAACCCUGGGCGACAGAAAGGUGAACUGUGCAUGGGAAGGCUUUGCUGGUUUGGUCCCAUAAAUAACUCCAGAUUUGUUGAAAUCAUCAGCUGCUUACUGAAAAAAGUUGUGACUCAAUGAAUGAGAAGUGCUGUGAGGUGCUUAGUUAGCUUUGCCUGUGGGUAACCUUGCUAUUUCUUGUGAAUGGGAGUUAUUUAUUUCAGUGGUACAUUCUUUGCAGUGCUUUUAUAGCUGUGUGUGUUUUCUCCUAUGUGAAGAACCCCCAUCUACCUUGUCCUCAAAUAUUAGCACUCUUCUGCAGCAUUGUGUGAUGAGUUGUCUGUAAAAGAGUACAUGAAGAGUUUUGCUUGUGACUCAAGGUACCAGCUGUCUUGCACAUUAAACUCAUAUAUGUAAAUGUUUUAUGAUACUUACUUUACAGAAAGGAAGAAAAUAAAUUAUUUGAGUCUCUGCUAUAUGUGAAUUGGCUACAAGUUGCUUUCUGUCCAGUGCAUCUCUGUUGUAUAUCUGAGGUACUAAUGAAGGGUGUUACCGUGUCAUUUGUAAGUCAUUACAGAAUCAAACUGCCUCUUUCUGGGAACUGCAGUCCUCCCACUGGGUAACAGCUGACUGUAUCAUGAGGCAAAUGUACCCUUGAUGGCUUGGUCCAUAAGAGUCCCAGUAGCCGAUAGACGCUGAAACCAUUCACAUUUAGACUUAGUUCACUCCCACUUGGUCUCAACAAAUCUGAAUGGAGCAGUAUAAAAGGCAUUCAACUGCCCCGCAGCAUUGAGGUCUCAAUGGGGGCCACAGCUGUGCCUGCUGCUCUGCUUAGGUGGCUUUGGGCUGGGAGAGAGCAAGGAUGGCACUUGGCCUGCAUGCUUCACAGCCCUGCAGUGAGACGUCUGGCUGCAGGAGAGAGGUUAUUUAUGUUCUGUUUAGAUUAGGGAAUGCCUCUACAUGCAUCCUGUUAACAUCUUAUUAGCUGGUGUUUUGGGUUGUUUUUGUUUUUUGUUUUUGAGAGACUAAACUGAUAGAAGCACAUUGAUGUGCUCCUGUGGCAGUGCAGCCAACAGCCUUGUGAAAAAAACAGAUCUGGCCAGCUCAGCUGGGUUUUCAUUUAUUUAUACAUGCAUGUGCACAGUGAGCAUUUUGCCUGGCAGCUGCCCAGAAAGAGAGCCAACUGCAUUAUGGAGCUCUUGCACAGUCAGGUCGAUGGAAGAGACUAGCCCUGAGAUUGGGAAAAUCGGACAGGAGCUGUACCUGAGCCAGCAAUUUGCCUCUUCCUCCUGGCUGUGAUGAAAAAUAGUCCCGCCCAAGGAAAGCAUCGAGUGAGCUGUUAAGGUUCAGCCCUGAGAGACACGAGAUUUCCAAGCACUUUGCGCUAUCUCCUGUGGUUUCUAAGAUUAAACAAGAGAGGUCAUUCACCAGAGUACCCCUGGCUUGUGGUUCUCUCCUCCAGGAAGAAGUUUCUCAGGGUUCCCAGCUGUAGGGGAGUACCAGGGCAGCUCUGCCUGUCCUACAGUGGCCAUAGUGCCACAGGGCUGUGUGUGGUUUGAAGAGCUCUGGGUGGUGGUGGUGGUAAGGAUGGGGAUGGAUGUGGUGGUGGGAACCGUGCUCCCCAGAGAGCUCUCACUUUUCCACAAGUGACCCACAGGCUCUCCAUGUGGCCACCACAGUCCCCUGGCCAGCUGGAGCUGACUGCCACAAAGGGAUUACCCAUAUUGAUGCCCUAAGAGCUGUCAAGGUGGAGAGAAAGACUACUCUACCACAGGCUCUGAGCUCUUAGCCGAGUAGGAUCAUAAGCGCCCCAUUAAAGGUUUCAUUCAAUAACAAUCUUUACUAAAGUAAAUGGACAACGGCAGCUCCCCCCACUACAGUCCCUAAUGUAAGAGCCAUUACAGAAGAGGAAGACAGAAUGCAGAAACAUCUAUUUCUGCAGUAUCAGUUUCAACAACAUCCUCAAAUGACUCUUUUCAUGAAAAGUGGAUUUUAUUUUUUUCCCAGGGAUGUGAAAACCCCAAGGAAACAACUAAAAGAGAAUCUGUUUGCAAUCUUGAUCCUCCCCUCAGCCCCCAAGGCUGAAGUGUAGCUGCUUCCCAUCAAGGCACCCACCAGUAAACAGUGGGAAAAGCAGCCUGACUGCACUAUUCUGACACUGCUGGAAGCUGGCAAAGUGGGAUCAGCAGUGCUGGGAGAUGGCAGCACUGAAGGACAGUGGUGGGAGCUGUGUGCUAUGUUGAAAAAGUGACAGGCCAGCUCUGGAAGGGGGCAAUGCUCAGGUUUCCCCGGUGUCCCAGCCCUGCCUUUUUCAUCCUAAGCAUGGUGACUGCAAUGGGAAUGGCAAGUUUUCAUGAGGUGAAUUUCUGCCUUGGCUUUCCUGCCAUGCCUGCCAACCUCGUUUCUCUAACACUUUCUUCCUUGCAGUGGCUGUAAGGGGAAGCUUCACACUAUGGUUCUGAAGCCAGGGAGCUAAAACAGACGCUGAGUGGCUUUGCCCCAUACAGUGUAAUGAGGCUGAUCCAGAUCUCUGCUAGUCAAAAUUAAUUUUUGUUUUAACUUUGAUGGUCAAGGGUGUGAAACCAUGUAUGGAUAUUAGUGCAUUUAUCAGCCUAGUUCCCUGCCACUGAACCGUUUUCCCUUAGUCUCAGAAAUUGAGGGGUUCCCUGCCCAGGUGCUCAAGUAAACAAACAAGCAAUGCAACACAAAAAACAUGUCAGCAAAAGGGAAAAUUCUUGGAAAAUAGUGUUAGUUAUUUGUCCAAGGGUCUGAGUUCUUUACCUGCCUUAAAGACCCCUUCCCAAGAUUGCUGUCAGCCAAACAUUCUGGGGGUUUGAAUUUAAUUCAGUGUGAGAAUGGACUUAGAGCUUUUAAAAUGACUUUUUUGUUUGUUUCUAUCUUGCUAUUACACCACUACUACAAUGUUAACAUAGUUUGCUUCUGUGUGUGUUUUUUUUUUUAAGCUAUAUAUUAUUCAAAUUUAAAUGCAUGUUAAUUUUGGCUAGAGAGACUGACCAGAUCUCUUCAGAUGUCCUGUGUAAUCCUGUAUUGUUGCUGUCAGCUUUAUAACUGUAAACUGCGAGCAGCAGGGCCUGGCAUGACAAACACAUCCUUCUUUUAUGGCAUUGAUUGAUUUUUGUCCCAUGAGAGCUGUUUUGGCUCGAAUGUUAUUAUGACAAAAGGUUAUACGGAGGGGUUAAGAGAGAGCAGUUCUUGCAAAUAAGAGAAAAUCAUUUUGGAGAAAGCCAGAAGAGAAGGAAAACUGAAGUGGCAGGUAGCAUUUAAAACUUUCCCAGAAACCUGGAACUUUUUGUUCAGUGACACUUUGGAUCAUAUUUUUUUGUUAUUCUGGUAGCAACAAGGAAAUCAAAAUCACUAUCAGUCACUAUCUUUUAAAUUUUAUCUUUGCUGUUUCUUGAGUCUAUGUCUUUCAGACUCAGCCUUCUAGCAACAGAAUUGUAUCAGUUUAGAACAAAUUAUAGCCCCUGUAUAACGUAUAGUGAUGACCAAAGAUGGUGCAAGUUGUGUUUAUACUUUUAUUAUUUACACAGGGAUAAAUUUUUUUUCUGAAGUGUUGUAUUGGGGAUUACAAGCUUCAUAUUGAUAUAACCAUAUGGUUGUAUUAGUAUCCCCCUCUCCCAAGCAUAAUUAGCACUCUUAACAGAAUAUUAACGUUCAUUUUGUAUUCAUGUGUACGCACACACAAGAGCAUUUGUGUAGAUGUAGGUAUGCCUGUGUGUCUGUUAAAAACGUCCUUUCAUAUAUUCAAAUAAGCAAAUAUAGAACUAAUGAAUGCCCACUUUCAGAGUUUCUUUUCCAGGGAGUCAAUGACUAAAACUAGGUAUUCAGCAUCACCAGUUUGCUUCCCAGCACAGUCUGAACACAGGGCAAGCAGAAGACCUUACAGCAGUGGCAGAUGGCAGUCACUGUUGUACUGCUGAUUACAGCCAUGUUUGGUCCCUGUGGUACUUAACCUUUUUUAAAAAUCUUUGUGUUGUGUUGAUAUUUGGCAUUCCUCGUAUUUUCUUGUGCUUCUGAGACCUUUCUGUAAUACGAAAGAACUGACAGUGGCCAGCAAAGUGCAAGUCCUUUGCAGCAGCUUUCCUAUCAGUAUAUUUUAGCAUCAGCUUUUGAAGCUGCUCCACUUCUUAGUGUUACUGCAUUGGUAUUGAUUUGAGCUGUGCGGGUCCAAGAAAGUUUUCUAAGAUGCAAAAGCAAUCAAAGGAUCAUCCUCAUAAGUAGCUAUAGCACUGAUGGCCAAAGGGGAGCUUUAGGCACUAGGAACUCCCGAGAAGUUUAACCCGUAAAGUCCAAAAGGAUGCAGCUGUGCACCUCCCCGUGUAGCCACGUCCCUUCCCCAGCCGGCAAUUCGGCGGCAUCCAGAAGCAUUAUAGGUUGCUUAUAUACAUAUCAAUUCCCAGGGGCCCUCAAAAACAGGGAGCUUUUAACCUGCUAUUGUAACCAUUCUCAUGGAAGGCUGCCGCCUCCCACCUUUCGCCUCGCAGGGGACGGAGUUGCACUUUUAUUUUAAUUCAGCGUCGGCCUCUUCACGGCUCUC